AUGGAUGGAAGUAGAGCACUGUUAAUUGAUCUUAUUAAAUUCCUCGAGUCCGUGGAGGAGAAAAUCGUGAACAGAUCAGUGGAAUUAAAGGACCUCCUCCAAAUUAUUAACAUAAAACACUGCUUCAAUACAAUGGAUUCCAUGCUAAAACAGUGCGAAAAGAGCGUAUCCACUCAAGAUUUAGACGAAAUAAAAGAUCGCAUAAAUACAGCAAAGGAAACAGUGAAGAUACUGGAAGGCUUAGCAAUAUUGAAUGAAACAUCCUCAAUUUACGGAGACUUAUAUCUAAUAGAUGAUAAAGCAUCGAAGGAUGAGGAUUACAGCUCAUACGGUAGUCAUCUGAAGAUAUCAAACGAGGAGUUUGAUAAAUUAAUAGAAGAAUGGGCAGAAGACCGGGACACAUCGGAGAAAAACACAAGGAGGAGGGAAACAAACAAAAACGAGAGUUUUCAGGAGCAAAUCAAGGGAGAAAUGGCACAACUAGCAGAUACCAUGAAAUCGAAGGCAAUGAGGUACCGGGAUAUAAUCGUCAAGGACAACAAGGCUUUGCUGAAAUUCACGGGAGAACAGGAGAAGCAGCUAGACACAGUUACACAUGUGGCGAUGGAAUCCUCGAAACUGGUGAGGUCGUCACAUCUAUCCCUGAUGCAGCUAAUAAUCAUGGCAGCAUCAAUGAUAGGACUCACAAUGCUGAUGAUGUUCAUAUUCAUAAUAACGUAG